AUGUCGGAAUUCGGAGUGUGGGAAAAGGUUCUCAUCCUGCGAGAGACGUAUCUGAGAAGAGCGAUGCCUACCGACGAGCAACAUCCACCUAGUAGGUCGUUGAAGCCCCAGAUGGAGAAGCGACGUCGAGCUCGUAUUAAUGACAGUCUUCUACAGCUGAAGAAUCUGGUUCUCGAUGCUCUCAAUAAAAACAAUCCUCGUCAUUCCAAAUUGGAGAAGGCUGAUAUUUUAGAAAUGACAGUACGAUAUCUGCGAUCAAUCCAUCGCCAGCAACUUUCAGGCAUUGGUUCACAUAACGAACAAGCAAACAUUGCCCAAUACCAGACUGGCUACGCAGAAUGCAUGCGAGAAGUCUCCAGAUACUUGAACGCAACCAGCAACAACAACAAUGCUCCUAAUCAAGCCGCUAUUCUUCAAAAUUUGAUGAAGAGGGGAGCAGGUGAACGUCAUCUUCAAGCCAGUCUCCUAGACCAUCUCGUCACACGAGUUACUGAUCAUGGUUAUGGCAACGGAGCAGAGAGAAUGGCUAUCCAAGAACAGAAGAAUGUCGCAGACACUCCGAAUCUCGGACAUUCAAAUAACAUCCCGACAUUGCAGUUCUACACGGCAAAUAAAACGCCUUUUAUGACGUCAUUGCAACCCCCUGAUGCAGCAGCUCCCAGGUUGCAUGAAGAGGUCGGAGGAGGAGGACUUGUAAACCUAGUCCAGUCAGCCAGUGUGUUUUCUGAAGGAGGCAGUGUAGCUACGCUUGAGUCGAUGGCUUGCCCUUCGGUCGAUCCGACUAAUCCGACUGGUCUGAUGCCAGGCGAAGAGAUUAGAUUGGUCUUACCAGGGAAUCUUGUGUAUUCGGGCCAAAUACCGACCCAUGUGAUCCCGAUUUACGCGGCAAGCUCUCCCACCAUCUCACCGGCUCAGCUCCAACCAUCGACGGUACUCUCAAACAUCCCAUCUCUCUCACCAUCAACGCCUGUGGUGCUGACUCCCGUUGUCCCUGGUGACGGGCACGCAUCUAACUUGUUAGGGAGUGCUGUUGCUCCGGCGAGUGGCGGGUAUGCUUUUCUCCACACACCACCAUCAACCUGCGCUCAUCCUUCUGCUCCUGACUCCGAGAUGGAUUCGACGGAUAAACCAAGGCAGUCGUCCCAGCUGCUGCUGCCUCAAGAUGCCGCCCAUCCCACCGCAGAAACUCCGGGUUCUGAUGCUGCAAGAACACCUUCAAGUGGCAGCGCAUGA